CCACUGAAAGAAAAGAAUUGAGAACUGAAACUUGAAAGUCCUGAGAGAGAUGACGAUAGACGACGAGAGCUCCGUCUACAUCGGAGGCCUUCCGUACGACGCCACCGAGGAAACCGUCCGCAGAGUCUUCGAGCUGUACGGUAACGUCAUUGCCGUUAAGAUUAUCAACGACGCGGCGACUCGAGGAAAAUGCUAUGGCUUUGUCACUUUCAGGAAUCCUCGGUCGGCAAUUCUCGCCAUCAAUGAGAUGGAUGGCAGGACUGUUGAUGGAAGAGUGAUCAGAGUAAAUGAAGUGAGGAGUAGAGGUGGAAGAUUGAGUUUUGGGAGAGAGAGGGAGAAUUUCCGGCGGAAUGCCGAGAGGGGGAGAAAUUGGGAUAGAAGUAGAGACCAUGAGAGGGAUUUUAGUCGGGAUAGGGACCGGUAUAAGGAUAGGUACACUGAUCAGUCCAGGGAGCGUGACCGUGACAGGUCCCCUGAGGAUGUUGGUGAAGAAAGGGAUAGACGGUAUGAGGGUGAACGCAAUUAUGAUCACGUAAGGGACCAUGUUUUGGAUAUAGAUCUUGAUCAGGAUAGAGUUGCGGUAGAUAGCGACCAAGGACAGAGCAGGAACCGUAAUCAGGGUAGGGAAAGAGACCGAUCUUUGGAGUCUGAUAGGGAUAGGGAUAUGGACAAAACCAAAAGCCUUGAUAGCACAGGUGACAAGGAUGGAGAUGACCAGUCAAGGAGAUGGAACGGUUCAAAUACGGUUGGCCGACAAAGUCGGGACCUCAUAUCUCAUCCAAGUGAUGAUUACAAUGUUCAGGUAAAAGAACAGCUUCACAGAUCCAUGCGAAGGGUUGAAGAAAUUAAAAAUGAGACUAUUCUGAUGGAGGAGAGCAUAGAGGAGAAAGAAAAGCUUGUUUUGAAUUUACAGAAGAAAUCUAAGAAAUUGGAGGAUGCCUUGAUAAAUGCAAAGAAGAACUCUUCACACCAGAAGAUGAAGCUAACCAAGCUACAUAAAUCCUUUACGCAAGUAAAAGAUUACACUGAAAAACUUAAAAGCUAUGAACACGAGCUCCAGUUGCUUGUUGAUACAGGAAUGUUGGAACAUAGUAGCGAUGAAGUUGGCUUGAGGGAUGAAAUCUUGACAAUUGGCAAUGCAUGAUGUGCAUCGUGUUGAAAUCUGGAAGAAGAGUAACAAGUAACAAAGUAUAUUGUUUUUCUCCUUCUGUUUGGAUGGGGAGGAUUAUGAAGCAUUUGUAGAUAUUUACUUGAAAGUGGAGACUCAGCUUAUUGUAUCUGAGAGACGUAUAACUUCCAUCAUGGUUUCCGAUAAGCUGGUAGCUUGGUCUUGUGUUGUACAUUACUUUCGUCUAGUGGUAUGCAUUUCCACUUGAGCAGUUUGUUAUCUGCUGAUACUUAUCUAGCUCCA